CCCGUUUCUGUGUGUCUUUCUCUGUCCUACUUCGUUCCUUCACUCGCCAUCAUUCUUCUUUCCAACACAAAACACACACACACAACGCACUCUCUCUCUCUCUCUCUCUCUCUCUCUCUCUCCCUCUCUGAAUCUCUUUCCCAUCUGUAUCUACAGAAACUAGUGUUGUUGUUGACGUUGUUGUUUAUGGCGGUGUUAGUGUGAAUUUUCCACCAUGUUCUUCUCUUUCAUCCUCCUUCAGCUCCUUUAGAAAUCAGAACCCUGCAUCUCCCAAUACCGGCCAUCAAUUUUUACCGCAGAAUCUCAAUUUUAUCGUCUUCUCCCAAAUUAGGAUCAGAAACCGAUACGAUUCUUCAUCUUUUCAGGGACACAGUUUUGCACUGUUGCCCUUCAGUUUUGUAGCUCAAUUGAACUUCCGAUUCGUGUUCCUUCGGAUUUCGCGGCACGCUAAACAAUAAUCGCUUUUGGAUCCUAGCGUCGCCGUGUCGUGUCCUCUUCAGUGGGGGUUUGAUCCCUCAGUCAUGUGAAUGGAGAGCAUUUCUUGGCCAGCUGGGUAACCUUUAAUUGGAUGACUGAGCAGCGAUGAAAUUAAACUUUGCCGCAGGCAGUGGAUACCGUGGCAAAUCAAGAGAAAAAUAGUUUUAUGAAUACAUCAUUUCUUGUUUCCUUCUUUAUUGUCUGAAUAACUUGCUUUCAAGGUUUUUGUAUUAUGUUAAUGAAGAAACUAUAUAAUCUACAAUGAGAAGACUGAAUAAUCAGAAUGAAGAUGAAGUUCUUGCCAAUGAUCAGACAGGGUUACAGUUGAAUGAUGAGAGUAAGGGAGGACAUGCUGGUGUUGUUCUGAAGAAAGGGCCGUGGACAACUUCUGAAGAUGCUAUGUUGGUCGAUUAUGUUAAUAAGCAUGGAGAGGGAAACUGGAAUGCUGUUCAGAAGUACUCAGGUCUAUUACGUUGUGGAAAAAGUUGUCGAUUGCGUUGGGCUAAUCAUCUGAGACCAAAUUUAAAGAAAGGAGCAUUUACCGCAGAAGAGGAGAGGUUGAUUGCUGAACUUCACGCUAAAAUGGGAAACAAAUGGGCACGCAUGGCUGCACAUUUGCCUGGUCGCACAGAUAAUGAAAUAAAGAACUACUGGAACACCCGUAUCAAGAGGCGUCAACGUGCUGGCUUGCCACUUUAUCCUCCUGAACUGUGCGUGCAAGCAGUGCAAGAGAAUCAACAUGGCCGAAGCUCUGGUGGUAUUGAUGGUGGCAAUAAUAUGCAUCAUGAUUUUGUUCACAAAAAUUAUGAGAUACACAGUGCAAUAUUUGACAGUUGGAAUGGUAGUCAGGGAAUCCUACCAUAUCCACCUGAGCUUCCUGAUAUUUCUGCUUACACCGGUAUGCUGAAAGGUUUUGACUCUUCCAAGUAUUGUAAGUUUGAACAAAUAACAUCACCUAACCACAAGCGUCUCCGUGAGUCAACAACACCUUUUAUUGGAUCUGGUGGUAUGAACACAAAUUGGUUUUAUCCAUUUGAUCAAAUUCAGGAUAACACGCCUGACAAGAUUGCACAAUCAUUUGGCAUGCAAUCUCCCUUUGAUCUCGGACCCUCUCCACACAGCUCCAUUUGUUACAGUCAUUCACUUUCGAAUGGCAAUUCCUCUACUUCUAAGCCGGCUUAUGAGGCUGUGAAGUUUGAGCUCCCUUCACUCCAAUAUCCAGAAACUGAUGUAGGUAGCUGGAGUACAUCUCCACCACCUCCUUUACUUGAGUCAGUUGAUGAUUUCAUUCAAUCUCCUUUGCCAGUUAGUGCACUGGAGUCAGAUUGUUCUUCCCCACAAAAUAGUGGCCUGCUGGAUGCUUUACUUUAUCAGGCUAGGACUCUGAGCAAUUCAAAGAACCAUUAUUCUGACAAGAGUUCAAAUUCAUCUACCGCAACUCCUUGUGACAGAGCACUCAGCUCCACUCUGAACAAGUAUGAGACAGACUGGGAAGACUACACUGACACUAUAUCACCAUUCGGUGCAACUUCAAUAUUGAAUGAGUGCACUGUUGCUAGUGCCAGUGCAAAUUCAUUGGAUGAACACCCAACAGUUCGUUCCUUUAAUGACAACAUUGUGAAAACAGAGAAUGUUGAUCAGGUUUGGUCCCCGAACAGUGAAAAUCAAGGCAUGUCUGCGAUCAAAAUUACCCGGCCAGAUGUUUUGCUUGCUUCGGAUUGGCUUCAGCAGGGUUCGGGGCACGACAUGAGGCAAGGCAGCAUGGCUGAUGAUAUACCUGCCCUUCGCGAAGAUGAUUUAGCCACUGACUCCAAGCAUACAAGCUCUGGAACUUCUCUGUUGAGUCAGGUAUGUGGGUUUGGUUCUUGCGGAAGGAGCGUCAUGCCUGCUUUCUGUCAAGGUUCCGAUCGUGGUUAAGAAAAUCCUGAGAUGUCUAAUUUGAAAGGAAAAUUGCGUUUUUCAUUCUUGUUACCUUUUUAAGCAUGUUUUCUAUGUGUGAUUUACUAUGUGUGAUUUAUAGUACCAAAAUACAUGGUUAGAGAAUCAUGUUUUCCUGUGGCUUUGUCAAUUUUACUGCUAAAAAAUUGUGAUAAUAUUGAUACUAUUCACCCGUGAUUAUUAUCUGUGGCAUUUAUGUCGGGACCACUCGUCAUAUAAUAGAACAAUAAUUCUUAGUUCAGUUUAACCUUCA